CUAGUAUACACGCGACAUGAUUCAUCUACACGCGAGUAUGAAUCCGGCUGUUUAUAACCUGUUGGAGCUAAAUGGCCCCUCUAGCUAACCACAGACAUAGGAUGACGUGUUCCCGUUUUCCAUCUGUACCAGGAUAGGAUGCCAUGGCGGUCUCUGGUUGAACAUUUCGUUGUUUCUAAGAAGUGUAAAGGUACACCCAUUAUCCGUAGCCGACAUUGGAGAUCCGUGGAAAUAAUAAAAAGUCGCCGUGGGAAAGUCGAAAUUGUUCCCAUCAAACGAUUAGAGAUGUCUUACUGGUUAUUUAUUCUGAUCAUCGCUGCACUCAGAGACAUUGAUGCUUUCGAAGUACGGACGCCCCAGCCCAGAGUGGUAGCCGUCUAUGACCAACCGGCUGUUUUGGGCUGUGUGUUCCCCCCUAGCCUUGACCCUGGUGCCCGUCUGGAUGAGGGUCUCGUGGUGACAUGGCAGAGGGUAGAAGAUAUGCGGGUGGUCCACAGUUUCUACUACGGAACAGACCAACUGGAGCACCAGAGCGGGGAGUACCACAACCGCACCGGACUGUUCCAUUCCCAGCUCCCUGGGGGAAAUGCAUCCCUCAGGUUGGAGAGUGUAGGUCCAGGGGAUCAGGGAAGAUAUCUCUGUUCGAUUAGUACCAUGAAGGGGACAGGAAAGGCUGAGGUCCAGCUCAAAUACGCAGCAUUCUACACAGAGCCUCACUUCACAUUCCAGGCCCACCCCUCUAAAGUCACCUUCCUCUAUGAGACUGAAGGUUACCCAGAACCAGAGGUCCGCUGGUUGGACCCGCAUGGCCAUAACCUCACCCAUAACAUCUCAGUGACCCAGUCCUCCAGGGCCCCGGGCCUGCUCCUUUCCCUCCGUACCCAGCUGGUGGUGCAGGCUGGAGGAGCAGUCAACUACACCUUCUCCCUGAGGAACCAGCUCCUGGAUCAGGUCAUAGAGAGGCCAGUGAGCUAUGUGUCAAGCAGUAGAAACCAUGACGACUGUCCCAGAGACAGAUCUACACUGCUGUUGUUUUUCAUCCCUGCAGGAGUCCUGGUCAUCGUCCUCAUAGUUCUUUACUUACGACACAAACGGACAAGGAAAGCCACAUAUACAUCACAAAAUAUGGCAGAAAUAACUGGGCGUGAACAAACUUGUGACUAGAACACUAAUCCUAUAGUGGCAAAGACAUCCAACUGCGAUUCGGACGCCUCACCUCCUAGCCCCAGUACACCCUGAAGUUUAAGGGACUCGUUGUUCGUUCUCUGCCAAGUCCAUAGUGUGUUUCUGGUCUAGUAGUCUCAUGUUAUCAUCCUUCCUGGACCUGAGAAAGCUGGAAAUCAAGUUGGCAGUCUGGCAGUAACCAUGAAUCACAGUUUUCAUUUCGAAACUAGAUGACUAGGAAAGAAACUAGACACAAAGCUGCUAUUGAGAUCCUCAUUACAGACCUGAGGGGUUAGCAAUCUGAUAGCUGUGGUGGGAGAUGAAACUAGCAACAUUCCAGAGCAGUGUUUAUGGGAAACGAGUGAAUGAAUGGACAACAGCAAGUAGACAUAAAUACCAAAUGGAACCCUAUUCCCUAUAUAGUGCACUACUUUUGACCAGAGCCCUAUGGCAUAACCUGUUUUCCAGAGCAGGAGAAAUGCCAUUUACCAUUUGUUCGUUAGACAUUUGUUCACAAUGUUUUCAUUUAUUUUCCUGUGUACAGUGCAUUCGUUAAGUAUUCAGACCCCUCGACUUUUCCCACAUUUUCUUACGUUAC